AUGACGGUAACGUCACGUGGCUCGAGUCCUCCAGUAGCUCCCCAGCAGCUGUCGUUUGCCGACGAAGGCAAGCUCUCCGUCUCAAUUGACUUUGGUACAACCUUCUCGGGAGUUGCGUAUGGAUCUUCCCGUAUUGCCGCCGGCAAAGUGCAGCAGAUACUCAACUGGCCGGGCUCCUUCGAGACGUUCAGGAAGAUCCCGACAUGCCUUCUGUACGACCAGUCGGGACAGAUGAUCGCCUGGGGCAUUGAGGCAAAGAGCGCGGGCCCAAUGCCGGGAGCAAUCAAAUGUGAAUGGUUCAAGCUCUUCCUCGAGCCUCAUGCCCUUCGAGACGCAUCGAAUGUCGAUCCCCGCCUGCCAUCCUUGCCGCCCGGCAAACGCGCCAUCGAUCUCAUCGUCGACUUCUUGUCGUGUCUCUGGGACUACGCCAAGCAGCAGAUCACCCGCGAAAUAGGCGCCGUCGCCGACCUUGAUUCCGCGGAUGUAUGGCUCACGGUGCCGGCUGCAUGGGACGCGAACGGGUGCCAGAUGAUGCGUGACGCUGCGAUUGCGGCCGGGCUCGUUCGUUCCGCGAGGGCCGGUGAUCACGAAUGGAGGGAUCGUCUGCAUAUCAUCAGCGAACCGGAAGCCGCGGCGGUGCACUGUGCGAACUUGACCGAGGUGCACAGGCUCACUCCCAACAAGAACUUCAUGAUCUGCGACGCUGGCGGCGGUACUGUCGAUCUUGCAGUGUACAAAAUCAUUGGGAUGCUCUCGCAGCUCGAGAUUGCGGAGAUGUGCGCGCGUUCCGGCGCGAACUGUGGUUCCCUCUUCCUGGAUCUGCGAUUCCGGGAGCUGAUGAGGACGCUCCUCGCCGACCACCCGGUGCACCUGGACCCCGUCAGCUUGGCCAACUUCAUGGAGCACUUUAGCGAAACGGAGAAGCUGAGGUACGGCGGCGAGGAAGACGACGACAAGAUGUUCCAUUUCACCUGUUUCAACGUGGAGGAUCCCGACGAUCCGGCGGUCGGCCUCCUGAACGGCGAAGUGACGAUCCCCGGCAACCUCCUCAGACGUGAGGUGUUCGACCCAGUGGUGAACCAGGUUUUAGAGCUGAUCGAAGCCCAGACGAAGAAGGUGGAUCAGCGGCUCGACGCGCUCCUUCUCGUGGGAGGGUUCUCAGGUAGCGAGUACCUUUUCCGCAAGGUCCAGGAGACGUUCGGGUCCCGAAUCCGGGUGAUAGCUCGCCCGUCGGACUGCGACACGGCGACCGUGCGCGGCGCGGCGCAGUACGGGCUUGCCCGCCGGCCGCUCGUGUCCAGUGUGAUUGCGCCACAAUCAUACAUGCUGAAGGUGAAAUUGCCUGCGGAGCAAGAAGACUGGCUGAAGAGACCAGCCUAUAUCCGGGAGAACGACGCUGGCGUCUCGAUAUGCGAGAACAGGGUGCAGUAUAUGGUCGCGAAGGGCGCGAUUCUGCGGAAAGGACAGCGGCUGAAGACGACCUUCUGCAAAUUCUCACAAACGGCGAGCGACCGGACGUUCGUCGCGACGCUGUACACGUCGGACAGCGAUAAGAUCAUGCGGUACACAGACGAGGGGGAGAUCGUGGAGCUGUGCAAGUGGACGAUCGAUCUGGGUGCGCUUCCGAGCUUCCAGCAGAACGCGAGCGUGCCAAACUCGAAUGGCUUCUACACCGAAUUCGAGCUCGGACUGGAACUUGACAGCGCCGAGGUCCGGGGCGUCCUGAUCUACCAAGGCCAGGACUGGGGCCGUGUCGUCUUCGAUUACCGCACAUGA